AUGGCGGUCGCACCGAGAGACAUAGACGAUCUGCCCCGGAAUCCGGCCAACAACACACCCCUGACGCCGCUCUGGUUCCUGGAUCGGGCAGCGCUGGUCCACCCGACCCGAAUUUCUCUGAUCCAUGGCUCCGUCAAAUUCACGUGGGGGGAAACUUACCGGCGGUGCCGCCAGCUGGCGUCGGCCCUCACCAAGCUCUCCGUCACUUCCGGAAGCACUGUAGCAGUCAUUGCGCCCAAUGUCCCAGCACUGUUCGAAGCUCAUUUCGGGAUUCCCAUGUCUGGUGCCGUUGUAAACGCCAUCAACAUCCGUCUGAAUGCACAAACGGUCGCCUUUCUCUUGGGACAUUCACAUUCGAACGUUAUAAUGGUCGAUCAAGAAUACUAUUCCCUGGCAGAGGAGGCUCUGAAAAUCAUAGCGGAGAAAAGCAGAGGCGAAUUCAAGCCCCCGACUCUAAUCGUCGUCAGAGAUGAAAACUGCGACCCGAAGUCCCUCCAACACGCGCUCUCUAGAGGAGCAAUCGAGUACGAGAAGUUUCUAGAAACUGGCGACCCGGAAUUCAAGUGGAAACCUCCGGAGGACGAGUGGUAUAGCAUUGCUUUGGGUUACACCUCGGGCACAACAUCGAGUCCCAAGGGCGUGGUGUUGCACCAUCGAGGGGCUUAUGUUAUGGCAAUUAGUAAUGCUAUUGUAUGGGGGAUUACGGAAGGUGCUGUUUAUUUGUGGACUUUGCCUAUGUUUCAUUGCAACGGCUGGUGUUUCCCUUGGACUCUGGCUGCCCUUUGUGCUACCAGCAUUUGCCUUAGACAGGUCACCCCAAAGGCCGUCUACUCGUCUAUAGCUAGCCUCAGCGUAACCCACUUCUGCGCAGCCCCAGUUGUCCUCAACAGCAUCGUAAACGCGCCUAAGGACGAAACUACCCUCCCCCUCCCACGCCCCGUCCAUGUCAUGACUGCCGGCGCGGCCCCACCCCCUUCCGUCCUCCUCGAGAUGUCGAGACGGGGCUUCAAGGUCACACACACUUACGGACUUUCCGAGACGUACGGCCCGUCCACCAUAUGCGCGUGGAAGCCCGAGUGGGACAAGCUGCCGCCUGAGGCCCGGGCCCGCAUGGCUGCACGACAGGGGGUCCGGUAUGUCGGCCUCGAGGGCCUCGACGUCGUGGAAGCCCGAACAAUGAGGCCCGUGCCGCCCGACGGGAAGACGACCGGGGAAAUCGUGUUCCGAGGAAAUGUCGUAAUGAAAGGGUAUCUGAAAAACCCGAAAGCGAACGAAGAGGCUUUUGCCGGGGGUUGGUACCACUCGGGCGAUAUAGCCGUGAAGCAUCCGGAUGGGUAUAUCGAGAUCAAGGACCGGUCAAAGGACGUGAUUAUCUCGGGCGGCGAAAACAUUAGUAGCGUCGAGGUGGAGAAUAUUCUCUAUCAACACGAGGCGAUUCUCGAGGUGUCGGUCGUGGCCCGGCCCGACGAGCAGUGGGGUGAGUCGCCUUGCGCGUUCGUGACGUUGAAGCCGGGUGUGGAUGCUUCAGACGAGAAACGGAUGGCGGAAAGUAUAAUGAUGUUCGCCCGGUCGAGAAUGCCAAGCUACUGGAUUCCCAAGUCAGUGGUGUUCGGGCCUCUGCCAAAAACGGCGACCGGGAAAAUACAGAAGCAUUUGUUGAGGGCCAAGGCCAAGGAGAUGGGGCCUGUGAAGAAGAGCAGGCUGUGA